AUGCCGCCAUUACUGCCGACGGAGAAAGACGCUGAUCUGCCCCAGCACCAGUCCUCCCCACCGGCCGUUGAGCCCGUUGAACCGUCCUCUUGGAAACGGCGAGCGCUUGGCCUGGUGGCCGUUGGACUGGUCGCCUGCUAUGGCAUCGCCCAGCUUUCGCCGUAUCACAACCAGCUCGAUCCCGUCGAGCAGGUCCUGCAGCUGCAGCCGUUGACUGACGGCCACAAUGACUUUGCGGAAUUCAUCCGCACCUACUACAACAACCACAUCUACCAGAGCAAUUUCUCUGACCAGAUCGAAUUGCCCGGCCAGGUCGACUUUCCCCGUCUAGAAAAAGGCCGCGCGCGGGGGCAAUUCUGGAGCGUCUAUGUCGCAUGCAACGAAAGCUCCCCAUCUCCCAAUUACGAAUACAUCCACGACACCCUCCAGCAGAUCGACCUCAUCCACCGCCUCGCAACCCUCUACCCAAACCACCUCACCCUCGUCCCCAACACCACCGCCUUCCUACACACCUUCAAAACCUCAACAACCCGAAUCGCCUCCUUCCUCGGCAUCGAGGGACUCCACCAAAUCGGCUCUUCCGCAUCCACCCUCCGCCUCUACCACUCCCUCGGCGCGCGCUACGCAACCCUCACCCACUUCUGCCACAAUGAAUACGCAGACAGUGCCUCCCCGGCCGAGCCCCUGCACAACGGCCUCUCCACUGCAGGGCGCCAUAUGGUUCUCGAAAUGAACCGCCUCGGUAUGGCAGUUGAUCUCGCGCACGUCAGUACAAAGACAAUGCACGAUGCCUUGGACACGACGAAGGCGCCCGUCCUCUUCUCCCACUCCUCCGCCUAUACAUUAUGUAACCACCCGCGCAACGUCCCCGACGACAUCCUCCACCGUCUCGCCACGAACGACGGCGUGAUCAUGAUAACUUUCUACCCGGAGUAUACACGCUGCAGCCCCGGAAACCCCGCCGAUCCAGAAUCCGCAACCCUCUCCGACGUCGCCGACCACAUCCAGUACGUGGGCGAGUUAAUCGGGUACAAGCACGUCGGACUCGGGUCGGACUUUGACGGGAUGGGCUCGGCGGUGCGCGGGCUGGAGGAUGUAAGCAAGUACCCCGAUUUGAUUCGGGAGUUGCUGGGUCGUGGUGUUGGUGUGGCGGAUGUUGCGGGCGUUGUGGGGGGGAAUGUGCUUCGGGUUAUGGCGAGGGUUGAAGAUGUUGCGGGUGAGAUGGUUGGGGAGGGGGUGAAGCCGUUGGAGGAUUAA